AGUUGAAGGUCAUAGCAGAGACCCGGUAGUAUAUUGUAAUUGUUUAGAAUGUAUACAUUAAAUUAAUGAAAUGGACUACACCCGGCUUUGCUAUGUUUUGAUUUCCUUGUCAAGCACAGGUGUAAGUGGAUUUUCCGUGGUGGUCAGUCCCAGUCCUACAGCCGUGGUCGUGUCCGGUCUUACCCUCAGUAUUUCGUGUCAGUGGUCAGCUGACUAUACAGGACCAAACGCUGCUGUUAACUACAGACUGAAUGAUGGCGGGGGUUAUAUAGGCACAAAGUUUAUAAACUUUGGGACAGCAUGUCCAUCAACACCACCUUUCACACUAACCUGUAACAGAGACACGAGGACACUGGGGAUACAGAUUCCCGCCAACAGUUACAGUCACGGGGACAGAUGGACGUGUGAGGGGAGAAAUAACAACUUCGACAAUACAACACCACCUCAGACAGACACGACCACUGUUUAUGUUGAAGUUUCUGUGACAUCAGUAACCAUCACCCCCUCCACCACUGUGACUGUAGAUGAAGGUACCAGCACCACACUGACCUGUACCACGCAGCCAUACAGUCGUCCUACGGCCAAUGUCACAUGGUACCAAAUGCAAGUGGUCAGUGGUCAGCUACAGCAGAUCACCGUCAACAUCAGUGUGUCACAUGACACUCAGAACUCCGCCCAGACAACCACCAGUGUUCUGUCCUACCUACCGUCCAAGGACAGCGGACGGACGGUGUACUGUGUAUCAGACGGAGGACGGCCAGGAAAUAGCAGUCUACAGUCAAACACCGUCGCUGUAAACGUCAGAUAUCGUCCUGCUAUCAGCAUCGCACCAGAGGAUAAUCCAUACGUCAUCACAGAAGGCCAAACAGGUAUAUCCCUGGUAUGUACAGUUACCUCUGCCAAUCCACCAGUCACAUCUAUAAUCUGGACAAGGGAGGUAACCGAAGUAUCUAACACUGGUGUGUACAAUUUGACCACCAUCACACCGCGACAUUCUGGGGAGUACACUUGUUCUGCCACCAAUGAUGUUGGAACAACGAUAGAAAGCAUAACUUUGUUAGUUAUAUCGUCCCCGGCAGAACCAAACAUAGUUGGGAUCACGAAUGUGUCGUCAUCCUCACUCACAGUGAAAUGGAGUCCAAACGACAAGAGUAGUGCACCAAGUACAUUCAAUAUUAGUCACAGAUGUAAACACUGUGAGGUCCCUGAUAGCACGUCCAUUGGUCGUAUUACCAGUAAGGACGUAUAUUCAACAACAUUCACCAAUCUACUGCCUGAAACUCUUUACUAUGUAAACAUCACGGCUAUUAACCAAGGCGGUUCCAGUAGUCCACUGGAUUUAAUUGUGGCCACUUCACCAGAUGAAACUUGUUACUCUUCGUUAAAAGAUUCCAGCUCUUCUCCUACGGCCUUGCUAGUGGUUGGUGCGAUUUUAAUUUUGAUAUCAUUUGGUGUUUUGGGGUUUUCGAUCUUUCUGUAUAGAAAGUCACGUUCGCCAGCCAGACCUGUCGACCAACAAGAAGGCUCUCCGAAGUCGGUUGUAUUCAGCAGUGUUCUGCGUUCAGACAAAGAAAGGGAGCAGGUGACCGCAGAAGAAAAUAAAUCCCACUACCAGGAGCUGGAUCCACGUGACAUACAACCUCCGUCACCGUAUGAGAGUCUCCCAGAAGGUGACGAUGAUGCUAGGAUCGAAUGUGAAAGGAACAAUUACGAAUCCCUCAAAGGAGAUCCAGUCAAACAGGAUUACGAACAACUCCGGGAAGGUGAUGGAUCCAAACAUUACGUAAAUACCUGACGAAGAGCUCGACGAAUGCAAUACCAGAUGACGUCAUCAUGUGAAUACUAUGAUAUUCUGAAACACACAGCACUACAAACAGUUUAACACAAUUGUUAUGGGAUUAUCAAUUCCAGUAUAUUUGCUGACGUCCUCUGCCAUUGAUAUCGUUUUUAUACCGAGUUUCCUGACGGUCACAGUACAACGACAACACAGAACGGAUACAACGACAACACGGGACUGUUGACUGAUAAGGCAUGAAACAACUGUAUAAUAGCAUCUAGAACAUACCUGCCGGGACCUAACAACAUCUAAAACACACAGCACUACAAACAGUUUAUCAAGCCGAGUCAUCUCAGCGGACUCACUAGAGGUGUUUAAGAAGAGGCUGCAGAUAGACAGUGAUCACGUGUUGUGGGUUGUAUUUUAUGACGACGGGUAUUGUUUGAAACUAAUCCAGUAUUACAAAUAAACAUUGAUCAUUGUAGUAAAAUCACUUUAUUAUACAUAACUCAUUACCAAUCGUCACGUGACUGAUACAUUUGAUUAACCAUGGAAACCGUAAAUGGAAACAACCAAACAGUAACUACUCACAUAUACAUCUGUAUGAUUACGCGUGAUCGGCAUUAUAUAAAAUGCAUUUUCGGUUGACCACGAAGAUCAAUGUAACAGUAAAUAUCAAAACGUUCUGCCAGUAAGUGAAUUGAUUUAAAUAUCAACAGGUUUUUAUUACAUUACAGACGACUGUGAAUAGGGUCCAAACGAGUUGAUAAUUCCUCUGUGUCAAAACGAUAAAAAUAUUGCUGAAACGUAAUAGCAGUUUAUUUUUAAAGCUUCUGGUUUAAUAACAAGGCUCUGUAUUUCGUAAAUAAAGUUCUUCUGCUAUUAUAUAAGGGUGUGCCGCUGUAUUUCCAUAUAUCCAAUUCUGGUUAAUAUAUACAUGGUAUCUGUAGGGUGAUAGUGGAAUCAUUAACGCACGGGACAGUAUUGUUAACAGGGGACAGUGCAUAACUGAUCCUUUGUUAUUGUUUGAUACGUCAUUGAUCAUCUCUUCAACUGAUACUUCAAGUUACAUCUGGACAUUGCGAAACGUUAUUUCUUUUACAACAAUUAUGAAGCAAGUUAAUUUAACUUUUAUUAGAAAUAUAAGUCUUGUGUAAUGAUAGUCCAACAAGCAUCGUGCCUAUUUAUUGAUAAUAAGUGCAGAAAUGUUCCGAUUUAUAGAGCUAUGCCUUCGAUAUGCACGUUCUUCUAUUCGUAUUUGUCUGACCAGUUCCCAAUUGUUUGAAAUUAGCCUGAUUAUACCCGUAUUGGUUCAGUUUUACAGAUAUAUCAGUGACAGUAUUACCAUAUUUGUAUCUGCAAGUAGUUAAUAAAUUAUUACAAUUAUCC